GAAGUGGCGCGUCUCGCGCCGCGCAAGAUGGCGGCCCGUCGGGUCUCGUCAGUGCUGUCGUGGUCGGCAUGGUGGUGGCGUUCGGGGGCCCUGAGGGCGGCCACGGUAGGGGGCCGGGGACCCCGGCUUGGCGACAGGUGGGCUCUGUCUCCGUCGCCGGCCAGGGUGCCAGCCCCAUGGCGGACGUCGUCAUCGUCAUCGUCGUCGCCAUCGCCGCCCUCCAGCCCCGGCGGGGCCGAGGAGAUCCGCCUCAGUGACAGCUGUGUCAAGAGGCUGCUGGAGAUCGCAGAAGGGUCCCAGUUCCUCCGGCUGCAAGUGGAGGGAGGAGGCUGCUCCGGAUUCCAGUACAAAUUCUCCCUGGACACCGUGCUCCAUCCCGAUGACAGGGUGUUUGAGCAGGGCGGAGCCCGGGUUGUGGUGGACCCCGACAGCCUGCCCUUCGUGAAAGGCGCCGUGGUGGAUUUCAGCCGGGAGCUCAUCCGCAGCUCCUUCCAGGUCGUGGACAACCCCCAGGCCGAGCAGGGCUGCUCCUGCGGGACCUCCUUUUCCGUCAAGCUCUGAGCCUCGCCCUCUCUCCCUUCCCUUCUCUCUUCCCGGGGCUCGGCCGAGGGAUCGCGGCGGGGAGACGGACUCCGCGCCCCAUCCCCGAGGAGGCGGUCCAGCAGCCGUGCGUGUAAAUAUGUGUGUUGCGGCCCGAUAAAAUGUUUAUUUUCGAAUCGU